GAGAGAAAGAAGAAAAACCCACGGCUCGCCAUAAGGAGCCGGCUCGCGUAGUUCACGUCAAAGAGUCGGCUCUAAGAGCCGUUUCGUUCGCGACCGACACAUCACUAAUUCUCAGCUGUAGUGUCGAACACAUGAAUUCAGCCACUACAGGACCAACCCAGGUGUCCUUGGAAUCCUGUUGACUCGUGUCGUGUGAUGUUCGUGCGGUCAGUUUUGGAGCAGAAUCUCGUCGUCAACUCCAAUAAAACAUGAUUUUCACGGUGCUUUUGCUUUUCAUGGCAGGCUUUGUCUGUUCUGAAGAAUCACAAAUAAUCGUGAAGGCUGGAGAUACUGUGACUUUACAUGGUAAUAAAACAUGGCAUCAAACUCAGGAUUACUUUUGGCUCUAUGGGCGAUGUCCCCCAGAGACAAUUACCGUCGUCAUCAGGGGUAAAGUCACUCCUAUUAAUGGAACCAGAUUUACAGACAGGCUCAACACAGACGUGAACACGGGAUCGAUCACCAUCUCAAACCUCACCGUCCAUGACACCGGAGUAUUUUCGACUCCGUUUUUUACACCAAACGGAGCCUUGAAAGAAGCGUUUGACCUCAUUGUCCACGAUAAUACAGUUAUUGUUGUUAUUGAUGUUGAUGUUCUGGAGGGGGACGAUGUCACUCUGGACCCUAAACUAAACAUGCGACUGAGAAACCCCGAGGUCAGAUGGAUGCAGGGUGAAAGCUGUGUUGGAGAGCCCAUAGUUGUGUUUGAGAAUAAUAUGACCUCUAUUAAGAAAAGCUUUGAGAGUCUCCUGCUGCUGAACCCGUGCACUGCAGAGCUCACCUUCAUCGGCAUAACCAAAGACCUUUCUGGGAGUUACUGUGCCAGGAUAGAGGACUCUGGGUUCGUGGAAAUAACGACAAAGUUUUUCAUCACUGUCUAUGAUCCUGUUUCUGUUCCACACAUCACUGAAGCCCAGCCAGACAUUACAGCAAAGUCCAGCAUUGAAACCCAGUCAGCUGUCAGUGGGAUCUGCUCUGCAAGAUGUUGGGUAGAGAAUUCAUUCAAUGUCAUCCUGUCAUGGCACAGAGGAAGUGAGAUUAUAAUGAAUACUAGUGACCCAGAUGUCUCCAACAACCUAACCCUCACUCUGGAGAUCCAGAGAAAGAAUGAAUCCAUCUACAGCUGCAGGGCAGAAAACCCUGUCAGUAACAAGACUGCUGCCCUCAACUCCAGACUGUGGUGUUCAGCUCAUGACACAGGUGACACAGGAUGGAUUAUUGGAGUGAUUGUAGGGGUGGGAGCGUCUGUUGUAAUGGUCCUGGUGAUUGUUGCUGUUGCUCAUUGCUACAGGCAAAGAAACAGAAAUUCAGGAAAUAAUAAGUCUUCACUAGAGAUGCGAGAACAACCCACCAACAACCAAAACCUCCAGGGCAGUGAUGAACCUCUGCUCCUAAACAGCAGAGAACGAAACUAUCGAACGAGAAAUGAUGAGUGAGACGUCAUCAAAGUAACAGCUCACAGACACCCCGACGGUCCACAUUCAGGCUAAAGAUCAGUUAUAUUACAUUGUUACUGUGGUGACUUAUGCUCCAGCGUACCUUUGAGCAGACUGCUGAAUGAUAUUUUAAAACAGCCGGUGUCAUUUUAAGGUUAUGUCUAAGUGGACUAGUGUGUCCUGGUCUACAGCAGCAAACUCGUUGUAUGACGGCUGCAUUUGGUUUGUAACUAUUUUUUUGUUUUUUAGUCUACGACCAACUGCUAUGAACUAUUAGUCAAUACAGCAAACAUGAGAUUUUUCUUUUUUCACAUUAACUUUGUUAAUGAGCCUUUUGUUGAAACCACCAUCACUCCUGAGUUAUCACUGUGAAAGCUGUCCUGUCUGGCUUCCUCCUCUGAUGUUAGUUCAUUUACUUCAUAUGCAGACGUUCUCCUUCAUUUCUGGUUUAGCAGCGCAGACUUCUCCACGCGAACACUGUCACCAUCGACCCCAUGAUCCACGUCAAAGUGGAGAAAUAGGGAACCUUCAGUAAGCAGAUUUCAGGUUGCAAUCAGGACCCCAUCGAUUUACAGCCAUUUAGAUUCACACUUUGAGGUAAAACUUACAAAUGCUCACUGUCAUGAUUCAUAUUCCAGAAGGGGUCAUAAGGUUCAUCAGUGAUACUGCAUACAGAGAUCAUGGGGGAUCCAGCUUUGGGAAUUGGGGUAAAUUUAAAACAUCCCCGUGUCCGUACGACACUAAAAAGUUAUUGCAUCUCUUUAUAUGGAGUGAAGCUGUGGAACAGGCUGAGUGAUGAACUGAACCUCUGUCCCAGCAUUACUCAGUUUAGAAAGCAAACCAGGGAGGAGGCGGGGCUUUAACCAGGCGCUCUCACCCACUAUUUACACACUGUGUGUGUGUAAGUGUGUAAUGUAUAUCUGCUGAUGUGUUACUGGGGUUAUAAAACUAAAUCCAGGUAACAAGUUGCAAGGAAACAUUUCUAAAAGCAUACGACAAAAACAGGAAGUGAUGAUCACUAAACAGUCGAAAAAGGGUGAGAUUAAAUGUAAAUUAAAGCUUGCACUUCUUCCUUUUUGCAGUUUUUAAUUAAGACUAAUUUUGUCCUUGUGUUUUGUUUUGUUUUCUUUGCUGUUGUAUUAUGUUCACAUGUUCAAAUUAAAGCCACAUUACAAUUACAUACAUAACAAAUGGCGACUCUUCACACUUCAUAAUCUGAUAGUAAUUUUGCAUGUGCACUUAUUUACUUUUUAACACUCGUUAGUGAAUGAAGCCCGUUCUCUUUGUGUAUAUAAUGUGUACAAGCGUCUCUUUGUGUCAUACUAUUUUUAUUCGGCUACAUUUUUAUUGCUUUAUCUGGAUUUUGUAUUUGUAAAGUCUUUUUGGAAUAUUGUUUAAAAAUGGGUUAUUAAAGUUCUCUAUAAUAAUGUAAACAGUGACAGUUACUGUAGGACUGAGAGGCUGUACCAGGAUAAAGAGAAGUUUAGUUAGCUGCUCUUUAUAAACUAUGUUUCUGGUGCUACAUAAAUAUAAAACUGAGUAACUCACACGUUUUCUAUUCUGUACUAUUGACCCUGCCUGCUGCUGCAAACACAGAGCUGUGUUAGCUUCUCAGGUGCUUUUGAUGCCUUCAUGUCUUACAAAUUUUUAAUAAUAUUUUAGAAUUUAUGUGGUUUUUUAAUCCUUUUUUAACAUGUAUUUUUGAA